AUGGAGACCCUUCCCCAGUAUGCAGAGUGUCAGCUUCCCCAAAGUCCUUUCGACGCAUUGAUUACCAGGAUAUGUGGACGGCUAGCGCACACGGUCCCUGAAGCGCGAGUCAUUCUAGAAAGCUUUGUUGAGGGACAACGGGCGCCAGGGUACAAUGUGUCAGAGAAUGAUAACGAAACUCCAAAGCCUAUUGAGCGGUUUCCCCAGGAUCCUACAAUCGGCGAAGCAACCAAUUCAAACAACUUUUUUCAGUUGGUUGCUGUCAAGAAAGCCAUCGUUCUUGAAUUUUUCGAUGCCAUUGCGAGAGAAGAUAACGAAACAGUAUCCCUACUUAUCCAACAUAAUAUUGUCACUGCUAAUACAACGUCUAAAACCGGCAAAACACCUCUUUUAGAAGCAAUAUCCGCCAACAACCUAACUGUGGUCAAGCAAUUACUAGAUCUGGGUGCAGACCCUAAUUCCUUUGGGACAAUCCACGAACCUAAUCAACGUAACGCAACCCGUACACCCCUGAUGCUCGCAGCUAGUAAUGGUUCCCUUCCUCUUGUAAAGCUCUUGUUUGAACCACCGUACUCCGCCGACGAUAGUCUCAUUGCCCCAGACGGGCAGAUUGCCCUUCGUCUUGCAGCCAAAAAUGGACAUCGCACGAUUGUGGACUAUCUCCCUUCACGUCGAGGAGGCCACUACCUUCGUUUCAAGGAAAAAAACUCCAAAAAUAUCGCACGGAUAAAGAAGGCAUUGAACGGGAUUUAUCAAUUUGUCAAAUUCUUUGUCUGGGAACUGCCUAAAUUCUUCUUAUGGAGCGUGCCAAAGCAUGUCGUUGUUCUUCCUAUUGCCAAAACGUACAAGUAUUGUUGGUCCAAUAGAAAGGCAUUUGGGACCUGGUGUAAACGGCAGGCUGCAGAGGUACCGAAAAGAAUCUGGAAGUCAAUGAAGAAGGUGCCGAGGGCAAUAGGGGUUGCAGGGAAGGGUGCGUGGAGGUUUGUAACGGUGACCGUACCGUUAUGGUUGAAGACUUCGUCGAAAUGGCUUUGGGCCUUGUUUACUCAGCGCAUCCCAAAGGCAGUUUUUAGUUCCCUCAAAUGGAUCUGGCAAAUCAUCAAAAAGAUUCCCAAGGCCACUGUAGAUGCAACGAUCACUCUUGCAAAAUGGCUUAAGUCUCUUGCAACGUGGGUAUGGAACUUGAUUACAAAACGCAUACCGAGGGCCAUUGUUAUCGCGCUCAAAUGGAUGUGGACUGGGGUCAAGGCAUCGGGACAGGCAGUCUGGGAUGUCAUUCUCAAAUUUUUAUCUUUCCUCCAUGCCAUCUUCUCUGCUGUCGUCUCAUUCCUUCGCGACGUUACGUUCACGGAUAUUUUGAACGCCUUUCAUGUCUUCCUCUCAGCGGUGUUCAUCUCCCUCCCAAGAACAGUUUGGUCAUGGGUUGAACGGUUGGGAACAGUCUCAUACAAGGUUAUGGAGACACUGUUUGGCUCGCUUGGGAAGCUGGUAUGGUGGAUAGGUGCGGGUAUUUUUUGGCUGAUCGUCUACGUACCAAAGCAAUGCUGGGCUAUCCUUCGAAGUCUCGGCAAUUCCUUUGCAGAAGGAAUUCAUGAAAUCAGAAUUUGGAUCAAUCCGAAGGCGUGA